AUGGCAAUGGGUUUCAUGUUCUGGACUGCCGCUGCGUGCCCGUGUUUCAUUGGCCAAGAGUGGGAUCCAGCGACCAAUCGUCUGCGAUGGGCGUUACCCUUCAAAGAUCCCUGUCAGUGCACCACUGUUGAACUGGGCGGAGUCAACGUGAUUCGUCCCCAAGGACCGUUUCGUACGUCGUACUUCGACGCACCACUUCAACUGCCUGAGAUCAGGAUGCGACUCAAUUGCAGCGUUUACGUUUGCUCUGAUGAGGAACCUCUCGGCAUGCAGGAUGGGCGCAUCAAAGACGAACAGAUUACUGCUUCGUCUUAUUAUCAGAAUCGGCUGAACUAUGGACCUGCCAAGGCGCGCCUCAAUACCAAGGCCUAUGCAUCUGCGUGGUGCAACGACGAAAAAACUGACCCAGAUCAUCCCUGGAUUCAGGUCAAGUUCGACUCCGAGGUCUACGUCACAGGCCUGGUCACCCAAGCCCGAGGUGAUGACGGUCAUAACAAUUGUCAACAGCGAGUCACGCAUUACAGAGUGACACACAGCUGUGACGGUCAGUCCUGGGAUCACGUGACUGGUGCUGAUUGCAUGCCCGAGGAGUUCACUGGUAAUAACGUCGACCAAAGCUACGAUCAUCAUGUGACAGCUCGAUUUGGAACGGUCCUGCGCACUCGAUUCCUGCGCAUCCUGCCAACCAACUGGAAGUGCCACUGCAGUAUGCGCUUUGAAGUGUUGGGAUGCUAUGAAAAUAAACCUCUCACUGCCUGAGAUAUUUCUGUGUCUUGUAUUCAAAAGAGUGAAAGUUU